ACUAGGUCAAGAUAGCAGUCUACGCUCAGUCUAUAGUUUUCUAAAUCUAUGGAAAACACAAAGAGCGCUGAUAGCUGUUUCUCCGAACAUACCCUACAUCUGAUCCAUCUAAACACAGAUUAUUAAUUUUAAAUGUGCAUUAUAAUAUUAAAAUUUAAUUGUAAUUUUUAAAAUAGUUAAAGAAUGAAGUUAUUUAAUAUAUUAUAAAAAUGUUUAAAAAAUAUUAUACUACUAGGUAAAAAUCUUAUAGUUGAUAACCAUGGACCAAAUAUAUAAGCCCUUUGAUCGUCAGGCAUCAUCAAAAAUUUGUUUAAAGGAUUACUUUCAGCAAUAUAGUGAAUUGAUCAAGUCAUCUAUAUGUCAUGAAACUCAUGAAAUUGAUAAACAAACUGAUGAUGAAAUUUUUCAACUUAUGGGCACCAACCGCUUAGAAGCAAAAGUACAUUUAAAACAUUAUUGCAGCAUUGAGAAUUUAACAUUGUCAACAGAAAUUAGUAAAGAAACAGGAGAAAAACAAGAAUACAUUAACAUACCUGAGAACUUGGAUAACAUUUCAUUGGAGACAAUUAAAAUGUUGAAGAUAUUGUCUAAGGAAACUUUACUUAAGGCACUAAGAAAUCAAAAUGGCAUUCCUAUUAAAUAUGAAAGAGACAAGAAACAUGAUAAAAACAAUUUAAAAAUGCCUGAUAUAAACGCCGGUGAAGAAUUUUUGGUUUAUGUCAGAGUGUACGAGCCAUUCAAGAGCUACCCUCGUUCUCUUAAGUACAAAAUGGGUCUUCCAGCACUUAAAUUAAAAAAUGUCAUAUCGAUACUGGGAUGCCAGACAUUAUACGAGUUACGUCAAAAGAUAAUGUGUCAGUCGGAUUUAUCGAUUACAAAAGAAACUAGUAAAAAUCCAAAUCAGAAGCCUGGACCGAUGGCAAAAGAUAUCUACAAAUCGGGAUUCUUUUAUAUUGAAGAUACAUUUUAUAAUGAUACCAGCUUGCCGACUAAUAUUGAUUAUAGUAAAAUCAUAUUGGAAUGGGCAUCAACUCGUGAUAUAGGCCCGUUUAAAGUCGCCACAAUGGAUUCUAAAAUAAAUUCUCUUAGUACAAAGUUCGGGUUUCCAUGGGUGUAUCAACAUCAGGGUUGCUGCGAACAUUUGAUUGUCUUUACUGAUGCUAGCGGCUAUCUCCGCUCCAAAGCAGGAUGUGAAUCUAUUGAGUUUGAAUGAGAAUUUCAAAGAUAAUUCGGGAACCACCACUGCACAUCACGCUUUCAAAUUACUACCCAAAUCCUGUGCUUCCACUACUUCAGAAAUGCAAGGACUACCGGUUCUCGACCUAGUCGGUGAACACCAUCAGUUCGUUCUCGUUUAAUGUAUUGAAAGAAUUUUUGCUUAUAAAAAUUUCAUUAAUAAAAUUUUUGAAGGCUUGGCGGAUGCGCAGGUUUUAUAAUCAAAACUCAAGUUAGUAUCUCUUAUGUGAACCGGAUAUGCGAAAGCUGGAUGGACCUUCCUCUUAUACAGUUGUGGAAGAAAUUCUUUCACCCUUUUUCAUCA